AUGACAAUUGAGGAGACCAAGAAGGCCGGGCCCGGCCCCGAGGAUUAUGACAAGAAGGCUGUGCCUCAAGUCUCCUCGACGAGUGAUUCGGACUCUUCUUCGUCUUUUGGUGGUCGCCAAGGAGUCAUCAAGCCUGUUGACUGUGCCUUUGACACAACCGAGGACCCUAGGUACUACAAACCUAUCCCAGAGUAUGAAGGUUAUCAUCGCUGGGAUCCGGAAUUUGAAUGGACGGAGGAAGAAGAAAAGGCCGUUGUGAAGAAGAUUGACUGGCGUAUUUGCACAUUUGCUUGUGUGACAUUUUUCGCCCUACAGCUGGACCGUGGCAAUGUUGUUCAAGCCACGUCUGAUAACAUGCUGGGUGACCUGGGCAUGAACACAAACGACUACAACACUGGUCAGACUAUUUUCCUGCUUACAUUCCUAUUUGCGGAGCUCCCUUCGCAGCUACUCUCCAAGUGGUUUGGACCCGACCGUUGGAUUCCAGUUCAAAUGGUUUCCUGGAGUUUGGUUGCCGCUUGCCAGGCAUUUGUGAAGAACCGCUCUACCUAUUUCGUUACUCGAGCUUUGCUUGGUCUGCUCGAAGGUGGAUUUAUCCCCGACACGAUCCUCUUCCUUUCCUUCUGGUAUAAGUCUAAGGAGCUCCCAAUUCGCCUCAGCUACUUCUGGGUCGCUUAUCAAGGAACUUCAAUUGUAAGCGCCUUCCUGGCUUUCGGCUUCCUGCACAUCCGCCAAGCAGACGGCACGGGAGGCUGGCGAUAUCUAUUUGCCUUUGAAGGUUUGAUCACCGGUGUCAUCGGUAUUAUCGCUGCAUUCUGGAUGCCCCCAUCGCCAACCCAGACCGCUGGCAGGUUCCGCGGCAAGGAGGGCUGGUUCACUGAACACGAGGAAAAGAUCAUGGUCAACCGCAUUCUUCGAGAUGACCCCAGCAAAGGAGGUAUGCACAAUCGCCAGGCUGUCACGCCUCGCAUGCUCUGGCAUGCUCUGAAGGACUACGACAUGUGGGUCAUUUAUAUCCUCGGUCUAACCUGGAUGAUCGCAAAUACUCCGGCAACCAGCUACAUCAGUCUGCAGCUCAAGUCACUGGGCUUCAGUACCUUCCAAACCAACCUGCUCACUAUCCCUGCGGCGGUUAUCUUCAUUAUCAACCUGCUGCUGUGGACUUGGAUCUCGGAGCGAUUCAAUCAGCGGCUGCUUCUUGGCGUUGGUACCGAGAUCUGGGCUUUGGUUCUCCUCAUUGCCCUGGAGCUGCUUCCCAAUAAUGCCAGUGCUUGGACCCGAUGGACUCUGCUGACACUAUUGAUCGGAAUGCCUUACGUGCAUGCAAUCGUUGUGGCGAUCACGUCUCGAAAUGCCGGUACCGUGAGAACACGUACCGUUGCCACAGCAUUGUACAACAUGAUGGUGCAAGUGAGCAACAUCGUCGGAAACAACAUCUACCGUGAGAAAGACAAGCCAUACUACCGUACCGGCAACAAGGUGCUGAUCGGCCUUGCUGCGUGGAGUUUGGUGAUGUUCAUCAUUGCAAAGUACUACUAUGUGUGGCGCAACAAGAAAAACGCUGCCAUCUGGGACAACAUGACAAGCGAGGAAAGAGAGCGCUAUGUUGUCGAGAAUAAGCACCUUGGAAAUAAGAGAGUUGAUUUCCGCUUCUUACAUUAA